UUAAGAAGUGCGCAUAUUCAUCCCAAAUGUGUCGGCUGAAAAUAGCAACAACUACAGUAAACUAGGAUCAUGAAGUGAACCUCCUUCGUUCCACAUCGCGUGACUCAUCGACUAUCUCCUCUUCAAUUGAUUCUCUACUGCUGUUUUUAAACGCUUUCGCAGAGCGUCUACUAACCGAAGCUGCUAGCUCAGCAUUGUGAAUGAGCUUGAUGACGGAAGCAACAUCAUGUUGUUCGCAACUAGCGACGAGCGUUUACCGCGUAUCCCAUCGUCUCUGACCGACGUAGCGCCAGGGGUGUACAAUCUAGGAUGCGUGACAGUACUGCUGCUUCUCGCCGUGUGGGCCGCAGACAUUGCGCAGCGAUGGUUGGAGUAUCUCGAGCUCCAUCUCCAUCUCGUUGGACAAGGCAAUACCCCUGGUCGCAUUAUGCUUGAUGAAUGCAUCUGUUGUACGAGGACAUGAUAGAGGAAGAUGAAGUAGUUCUGCUCAUCAACAACAACAUCUGACAUCCUGUAGUUGCGUGUAGUUGCGACACCCUAUUCUCUUCCUCUGCAUCUCGUAAUUAAUCAUGAUAGAGACUACACUCCAAAAAUAGGUACAGUUCUUCAUUAUUUCCUUGUCUAUCUAAUCAGCAUGGCGGGUUGAGUGCGACGGCACGUGUGUUGAAGCUACCUGGGCUCAGUGUCUAUCGAAACGACUUGGAGCGGUUGUGUCGAUUGCACUUCAACUUAUGCAAUUAUUUAACUACGAAGACUUUUUGCGUUUGCGUCAACAUGACACGUAAGUACUAAGUCUUAAAGUCAAUAAAGAUAAGACUGAAGCAUGGAACACUUGUGUACUUCAGAAAGAAUAGUGAUGAUCAUCUACUUCAUCAAGGUCUAAAAAAGCAAGUCCUGCGACAGCGUUACAGUCAACCAGCAACACCGUUGCCCCGUUGGCUCCUGGCAGUGCACGUUGCGCAUGACCAUUUGAAAUGCGAGGUGGAGAAAUCGACUUCUUCGUCCUCAACAACUACAAACUCUACUACUACAAGCACAACUCCAACUCCUGUAGAAGUCCUGGUGGUCAACAAAACAACUACACCAAGGCAACCUCCUCGAGAACAUACUUUACGAUUGCGAGUGGUCUACCAAACGCGCUCUCGAACAGGCAGCGUUCGCGCGCAACUACUGCUUGGUGUCAAAGCCGAAGAGUGUCAGCGGUUAGCCACGUCGUUGGAGCAUAGUGCUUUUAUGAAAAGAGCUUACUGGUGGCGCCACGAGCAGGUCUAAAUGAACUUGAAACUCCUCUAGCAGGCGUUCAUGUUAAAUUUAUGAUUUUUGAAAUUCAAGUUGGAUGAACCGAAUCUCAUGAUUCAAGGGGAGUUUGAGUAAUUGAAAAGAUCGAAGAGCAUGAAGUAGAAGCACGCAAAGAGCGAUCUCUUUGUUGUCUCUAACUUUGGCUCGUCGUCCUCGUCCUCCAGUCGUACGCGAGCCCUGCUCUCUCGAUCGGCUAAAGCGCAAACGAAGAAUGGGGAAUCAACCCUAGUAUCAGGAGACUCGAGUAGUAGCUCAAGUUAUGAGGUGAUGCGACAAAAAUGUACAACUGUAGUUGACGUACUCAACAAAGAUGGUCAGUUCAACAUUGGAGGAGCAAGAAAAAGGAGCAAGAAACAGAUAGAACAGACAACGUUUUUGCUUGUCACGUUCAUCAGUUCUUGACUGUGGCGGUAAAUCAUAUUCUUGAUCUAGGGCAUGCGUGCAUGCUUCCGCACACUAAGUUGGGAGGAUCUUUAUCUGAGAUCUCUAAUCUUUUGCAGCAGGGUCAUGGUCAUCGGCAGGGCGAAUGCCAUUCGUGGUUCCAACUACCUUUCAAGCGAGGUACCGAUCCGACGUUGUCACAUUGGGAGAAAGAGUCAGGACAAGUGUUGAUGGAGGAGAUCGAAAAGGAAUAACAUCCGCUUCGACUGGAGUAGCAGAAUUUACAGUAGAAAAUGUCGAUUUGAACUUAGUACGACAACGGCGUGUUCCGAUUCUGUUAGCCUUUCAAUAUGAGAAGAGUACAUGUGCAAGAUCAAGAAGCACUACUUCUAGUGCUUGUGCUGGGACAGAUGAAACCAUAUCGACCCAGCAUGAAACCAAGGACGGAAUCGGCGGCAACGUCGACCACGUUAAACAACACGAAGAAGGCUUCUUAGAGGGCAAACAUGAAGUAGACUUCUUAGAGGGCAAACCGAUUCGAGAUGCACCAGUGGAGCUUUCCCUCUUUAAGCUGCCAAAGUUGCCAUCGGCAGCAGGAACAAAAGCAGGGUCAACGCAAAGUUUGAGUCUCGAAUGCAUUCGACAAGUAGCACUCGUGCAACCGCUUCAUCUUGAUCAGGCAGCUGAUCAUGAUAGACAGAACGAGCCGACGAUGGUCGAAGAGCAGACAAUCUUCGGUUUUGAGGACGCAGAAGAUACAGAGGUACUCGCUUAUGGUUGUCUUAGUGGCACAAGAACUGACACUGCUCUCAUUCCUCGUCUCUUGUUGUAAUGCUGUCAAGGUCAUCAACGAUCAUUUCAUCGGCACGUGGUCAAAUACACACAUUCCACAGGAUCCAAGCGAGUGCAUGAUCUGUUAUGAGCGCCAGAGGAAUACGAUGUUGCUUCCGUGUCGACACUGCAGCACCUGCUCUGUUUGCCUGCGGUCGCUUCGGGAGGAGAAAUGCCCCCUAUGUCGUACUGUCUUUGAAAAGCACGUGCGCUUUCCGUACAAAAGAAAGGGGCCUCGAAGGCGCGCUCGUUCAGGCAGAAAGGGAUCGGAUGACGACGACGAUGAUGAUAGUGUUAUGUCUACAAGUUUUUGCGUCCUCUCAAUCUCUUUGGUUGUGGAGUGAAACUUUUUUAAAGGAAAAAAGCCUCUAUCCAUGCAUAGGAAUUUCAACCAUUCGAUUUAGGAAGGGAUCUUUGGUACAAUUAAUUUUAGAUUGCAGCCAUGAUCUUCUUCGACUUCAUUGCUCUAAUGCUGGCACCGGCGGCAGUGGAUCACAACAAGGGCAAAACCAGCGACAAGGGUCGAAGCGCGUUGCACCUGAAGGGAAUAACGACAGUAAUGCAAGCACGCGUGGCGGAGGUUCUUCAUCUUCGUCGGGAACUCGAAGCACAUCUUCAGGUGAAAAUAAUCUUCGUCGUAAUUCAUUUUAUAAAAUGCGUGUUGAUCGCACCUCUACUAGGACUCUGCAGUUGAAGAAAGGUAGCAAGUACAAAGACCGAAUUGCGGUUGCUAUUUGCAAUCCUGAUGAAGAGGAUAGAAGAGGAAGGCUCGAGGGAAGGAACAAUCCGAGCAGCACCACAAGUCGAACCACAGGUGAUGAGACAGUUACAGACGAACAGGAACAAUCUACCUCGCCACUCCCAGACGUAGAACUUGACGACUAUCCCACUGGGAAUCAACGCCGUAGUUUUUUGUCGAUAACAUCAAGAAGUACAACAGGAGGAACAAGAUCGCAGAUUAUUCAAGACGAGGAGGGCGACCUCGAAGAUUUUCAUGGGGAGGACGUAGGUGAUACAACAAGUGGAAGUGGCGCAAUGACCAAUGCUCGUGCUAGUCGUAGAGCUAGAAGAAGCCACGUCAUAGUACGAGCACCACAUGCGCAAACAAACAUAGCGUCCACCCACCAUGAGUCGUCUUCCCGCCAAGAAGGAGCUACAACAUUGUUGUGGCCGUUUAGAUUAGAGAAUGUCCGAGCAAUGUUGGAUUCCUCAUGGUGGAGUCGUCGGAUGGAUAUGGUAGCAAGGGAACCUUUGUUAGAAGUGCGCGGCGCCAUUGAAUGACUACCACAAGCAGCUUGUCAGACAGUGGGAUCGUUCCAGAUUCUCAGGAACGACCACGACAACGAACCAAAGAUGAAUACAGUGAUGAUCUACAAACGCUUUGAUUUGAUCCGCCAACCACAGGAACUGGGAAUUUUUUAUUUGUCCGCUGGUGGGAUGAAAGGUGUUAGUUGUAGAACGCUGAAAAUGUAGUCCUCACUGUUUGUCGUCAGAAG